AUGGUGCGUAAAGUGUGGUUCCAGCUGGUAGAUGGAGCAACUCGAGUCGCGUUCACGGAUAUCCAGACAGCAUCAGUGUCAUCCGGCGGGGUCAGUGAUUUUGAUGAUCUCUCAAGUCAACUGCGCAUUUACGCCAACAGAGGCGUUUGA